CUGCACGUAUUGCAAUUAAUGUGCUCUAUGCGGUUUUCAUUCUCCAGACAAAUUAAAAUAUUUCCUCAACCAUUAGGUUUAGGACCGAUGUGGCUUAAUACUUUUUUACUUAGAAUGUUACUAAAUACUGUCGUGUCCUUUGAACCUCCUAGAAAUAAAAGAGACUUUUCACAAUGCUUACGUUGUCAGUCAUACGGCCAUACUAAAAACUAUCGCAAUAGAAUCCCGAUAUACGUUAAAUGUGCAGGGAUUCAUUGGUCUUUGAACUGUCCUAUUGUUGGAGAAAUAGCUGAUGUUAAAUGUUAUAAUUUCCAGGGGAACCACCCCAAGGAUUCUGAAAGUGAUGAUGAGCAAAAUGUCGAGAACAGUGCGACGGCUCGUGAUGGAACUGUUUGGCAUCAAAUCAAAGAAGAGCCGGCAAUCGGACCACCAUUUUUACACACAACCAGCUUCAGAGAAGUGUCAGGUCCAACGGCAUACGUCAAACGCAAUAUUAUGUCUGGCAAAGCAAAAAUCAGCAUUUUCGGUGAUAAUAGAUUAUACUGUUAUUGA